CGCUCUGCGCCUGCGCGGACGGCGGCCUAGCGUUCCUCGGAGGCGGCGCCUCCUCCUACCCGUCGCCUGCCUCAAUGGAGGAGCCCCAUCCCGGGGCCCAGAGCCCGGGCAGCGGCAGCAACAGCAGCGGCGCCGAAGGGAGCAGCAGCGGGGAGAGCGGGAGCAGUAGCAGCGGCGGCGAGGCCGAGGCGCCUUCCAGCCCGGGGCCCGGAGAGAGGCAGGCCGCCGACGGCCACGAAGGGAGGCCCAGCAAGGCGGCCAGGAGCGCCGGGGGACUGGCAGCAGCCUACGCGAUGAUGGAAGAUUGUUUAUUGAAGAAAAUAGAAAUCAGUGUUGCAGAAGCCGAGAAACGGACAGGACGGAAUGCCAUGAACAUGCAGGAAACGUACACUGCUUAUUUGGUGGAAACAAGGGCUGUGGAUUCACAGGGUGAAGGACAGUGUUCCCCCCCAGACUCUCUUUGGAGGCGAUAUAGUGAAUUUGAGUUGCUGAGAAAUUUUUUGCUUGUGAACUACCCACAUCUUAUUGUGCCACCUUUGCCAGAAAAAAGGGCAGAAUUUGUUUGGCAUAAGUUAUCAGCUGAUAACAUGGAUCCAGAUUUUGUGGAAAGGAGAAGAAUUGGCUUGGAAAAUUUUCUCCUACGUGUAGCAUCACAUCCUGUUCUUUGCCGGGAGAAGAUUUUUAAUGCAUUUCUAACCCAGGAAGCUGGAUGGAAGGAGAUGGUGAAUGAAACAGGAUUUCAGAUGAAGGCAGAUUCUAGGUUAAAAGCUCUUAAUGCAACCUUCAGAGUAAAAAAUCCAGACAAGAGAUUUACAGAGCUUAAACACUACAGUGAUGAGUUGCAGGCUGUCAUAUCACACCUUCUAAGAGUCAGAGCUAGAGUGGCAGAUCGACUUUAUGGGGUUUACAAAGUCCAUGGGAAUUAUGGGAGAGUUUUCAGUGAAUGGAGUGCAAUAGAGAAGGAAAUGGGGGACGGACUACAGAGUGCUGGUCAUCACAUGGAUGUAUAUGCAGCAUCUAUUGAUGACAUACUAGAAGAGGAAGAGCAUUAUGCAGACCAACUGAAAGAAUAUCUCUUCUAUGCAGAAGCACUUCGGACAGUUUGCAAGAAGCAUGAACUUCUGCAGUAUGAGUUGGAAACAGCUGCUCAAGAUUUGGCAUCGAAGAAACAGCAGUGUGAGGAAUUGGCAACAGGAACUGUGAAAACAUUUUCCUUGAAGGGAAUGACCAGCAAGCUGUUUGGCCAGGAGACUCCUGAACAGAGAGAAGCAAAGAUAAAGGUGCUAGAAGAGCAAAUACAUGAAGGAGAGGAGGAGCGCAAAGCAAAGAACCUGGAGAGCCGAGACUUUAUGAAAAGUGCCUGGGUUGAUAUUGAACGUUUCAAAGAGCAGAAGAACCAUGACUUGAAAGAGGCCCUGAUCAGUUAUGCUGUGAUGCAGAUCAGUAUGUGCAAAAAGGGAAUUCAAGUUUGGACGAAUGCAAAGGAAUGUUUUAGCAAGAUGUGAUACAUGGAACUCCUCGGCCCUUCUUGGCAAAAUGCCGGAGCACAGAAGCACAAAUGCAUGAACGUGGAUUAUGCGAUGUUACAUGACUAAGUCAUGGAAUCAGUGUAGUUGUGAAAGUAGGGCACAAAGAAUUGGUCUCCAUUCUUCAGUGGCCACCUUGUGGCUUGUCUUGCAUGCAGUAGCAAAUUGAACAUUGUAGUUCUCUCUUGGAGGAAGGCUAUAAGGAGGAUCCUAAGUUGGCUUGGACAUACUUUCAAAACUGUUCACUGUACUAAGCUCUCGAACCACCGGUUUUUGCACUAUGGACUCAUUUCCAGGUGCCCCUUCACACAUUGCUCUUUCACAUUUAUAACGUUAUCACAUGGACAAUGGGGGGUUAUUUUAAUUUUUUUAUAUUUUGCCGCAAAAAUUAGGUUUUGCAUUUCAGCCAAAUCCAUAAUCACUUGUAUUGUAUAUCUCUGAGAAAAAGUUGUUUUCCCAUGGAUGACCUUUAUCUUUAUAACACGCAUUCUUGAAUGUUAUGUAAUAUAUAAUAUAAUAAUUAUGUGAUCAGAACUUAAAAACUUAUAAUAGGAAUCGAUUACAAAAAGUUUUUUACUUUUCAGUAGAGGACUGCAUAAUUAGCAAGUAAAUAAAGCAGUUAUUGGCUUUAAUUAAAAAAAUUAAAUUUACUCCACACCAUUCAUUAGGGUUAUAAGUAUUUGGUUCUACAUUAAUAGUUCUUUCAUGAUGAUUAUCCUGGGCAUAAAAAGGUACCCUCUUUUGAAUACUAACAGUGGUGACUUCCGGAAGAAUUCUAUUAAGUUUAAUUGGUUUUACUUUGCACAUGUAGCCACAUUAAUGUGAACUAUAGUUAAAUUUUUGCAUUAAUUUUGUUUACUGCACUUUUGUCUAGUUUAAGGGAACUAAAAGAGUGAACUGUUUGUUGUUUUUCAGUACAAUGUUUAAAAGGAAAAAUUCCUUGUUAAUGCGGUUGAAUCUUAAAAUGCAAAGCACUGAUUCCUAGUCAUAAGAAAAAUUUAGCAUUCAUUCAUCUCUCCUGCAUAGUGCCAUUUAAAGAUGUUACCUGAGAUCAUGAGGGAUCAAGUUAGACAUAAUUGUAGCAAAGCCUCUCUGAGUUAAUAGAACUCCUUUAUCUUGUAUAUGUUUACUUUUUUUCACAUGAUAAUACUUUAUUAGUAUUUUAAUCCAUUCAUUUUCCAGAAUCAGAUCUUGUUUCUUGCUGAAAUCAUGUAGCCAGUUUUUCUAUGUGAAACAUUUUCAGUGAAACUCAUGUCAUUAUGAUUUUUGUACAGAUUGUUAACUAAAUUUUAAAACUAGUUACAUCUUUGUUUUCGUGAGGAAGUCUAGUUAGCUAAAGGCACCUUUUGCUGCCAGAUCAUUCCAUUUCAGAGAACCAUGGCAUCUGAGUCCUAUAAAUGAUAGAAUUAAAACUUGUACAUUCCAAAAACAAUAAGCAGCUACAAAGUUAGAUUUUUAUAGUAAACUUCCUAGAGUAGUUGUGCCUUACUUUAAUACCACUAGGCACUUGGAGUCAAUAUUUUCCAUGCACUUGAUCUUCCUAGUGCCUUUCCCCCUCUUUAAUAAGCUUAAUAACUUAAGUGUAUUAGUAUGCCUUUUUCUUGCUAACUGUAUUUAAUUGAGAAGGGAUCAAAAGGUUCUUGUAAGCUUUGUGCCAAAUAUGCCAAAUAAAACUACACUUUAUAUUA